GGGAUUAAAACGCCAUCGCAAUCGCCAAUCUGAAACCAAUUCCUCACAUUUGGAGAUAGGAAAAUCUCAAACACCUUGUAGAAAAGCGAAAUCAAAUUUGCUCGCCCUAAACCAAAAUAGGAAUCUGCAAGACAUGUCGACCUCGAGCCAGCAGCAGUUCCGGUACACUCAAACCCCCUCCAAAGUUCUGCACCUCCGCAACCUUCCCUGGGAAUGCUCCGAAGACGAGCUCCGAGACCUCUGCAAACCCUUCGGCAAGAUCGUCAACACCAAGUGCAAUGUCGGCGCCAAUCGCAACCAGGCUUUCGUUGAAUUUGCGGAUCUAAAUCAAGCCAUUUCAAUGGUUUCGUAUUAUGCUUCAUCUUCAGAACCUGCAAUGGUUCGUGGUAAAACUGUUUAUAUUCAGUAUUCUAAUAGACAUGAAAUUGUCAACAACAAAAGCCCUGGAGAUAUUCCUGGAAAUGUCUUGCUGGUAACUAUUGAAGGCGUGGAAGCUGGGGAUGUGAGCAUCGAUGUUAUUCACUUGGUGUUUUCUGCUUUUGGCAUUGUUCACAAAAUUGCUACGUUUGAAAAGACAGCAGGUUUCCAGGCUCUGAUUCAGUUUACCGAUGCUGAGAUUGCUUCUUCAGCUAGGGAUGCACUCGAUGGAAGAAGCAUACCAAGAUACCUGCUUCCAGCCCAUGUUGGUUCUUGUAAUUUACGUAUUUCAUACUCUGCACAUAAAGAUCUGAACAUCAAAUUUCAAUCAAAUCGCAGCAGGGACUACACAAAUCCUAUGCUUCCUGUUAAUUAUACUGCUAUUGAGGGGACAGUACAGACUGCUGUAGGCCCUGAUGGGAAGAGGAAAGAACCUGAGAGCAACGUGCUGUUGGCUUCCAUUGAAAAUAUGCAGUAUGCUGUUACCGUCGAUGUCCUCCACACGGUGUUCUCUGCAUUUGGCACUGUACAGAAAAUUGCUAUAUUCGAAAAGAAUGGUCAAACACAGGCACUAAUUCAGUACCCUGAUGUCAUAACGGCAGCAGCUGCAAGAGAAGCUCUGGAGGGGCAUUGCAUUUAUGAUGGUGGCUAUUGUAAGCUUCAUCUAUCAUACUCUCGUCAUACUGAUCUCAAUGUAAAGGCUUUCAGUGACAAAAGUAGAGACUACACAGUGCCCGAUCCUAGUCUGCUUGCAGCACAAGGUCCUGCAACAGCAUGGCAAAAUCAUCAGGCUGCACCUAUGUACCCUGGUAGUGCCCCUGCUUUUCAGACUCAAGUUCCCGGAGGACAAGUUCCAUUAUGGGAUCCAAGCCUUCAGGCUGUUAGACCGAGUUAUGUUUCUGCACCUGGUACUUACCCUGUUCAAACUGGUGCACCCUAUGCACCAGCAUCCAUGCCUUCUGCUUCCUCACCUCUUGCACAAAGCAGCCCCAUUGCUCACAAUGCAAAUCCAAUGGGAAUAGCUCAGCCCAGUGGUGCUUCACUUUCAGUUCCUGGUUCCUCACCUCUCAUGCAAACCAGCCAAGCUGCUCAAGGAUUGAUUCAGCCAAAUGCUAGACCUGGUGGCGCUUCGCCUCCAGGUCAACACUAUUAUGGUUAGAGACUGUUUUACUUUUACAUGAAUGAAUUGAAAGGUAAAUGGUUUUGAUGGAUGACAGGGUGAUGUAAUUGGGGAAUUGUUCGUUUAAAAUUGGUGAAAGUAAUUGGAUGUCAUCGUCAUUGUUAAGUUAGUACUAUUUUAAUUUAAUGGCAACAAUAAUGAUGGAAAAGAAAAGUUAACAAAAAGAUCAACGUUUCUUCAUCUCAA